AUGGCUACCAAAACCCAUAAGACGUGGCAGGAGGAGCUUGUUGCUGAAUGUCGCAAAAUGAGGAUCCCAGCUCCGGUCUUCAACAUCGUAUCGGAUCGGCGAGGUGGACGGACGGCCUGGUCUGCGACAGUAACCAUUCAGGGACAGAACCUUGCAGCAAGAUACUGGUACGACGGACAAUAUCUCAACAAUGCAAAGGAAGAUGCAGCAGAGGUCGCCUGUACAAAGCUUCGAAAUCCUUCUAUCAGCUCUAGUCAAUCAGCCUCCUACCGUUCCUCCUCAGGCCACCCCCAU